AUGGGUAAACGCACGAAGCAGUACAGGAAGCUCAUGCGGCAGUUCCAGCUGCUGGGCUUCCGUGAACCCUAUCAGCUUCUCCUGACAAGCGAUGUUAUUCUUGACACCAUCAAACUCGAUCUGAUGCACCUGUUCGAGAAGACACUGUCCUGCAAGAACCUCAAGCCUAUGAUCACUCAGUGCUCUAUUCGAGCACUGUAUGCAAAAAAUGUUCCUCCUAAUAAGGACCCAGCCGUGGUGGCUGCCAUCGACCGGGCAAAGACCUUCGAGAGGCGCCGGUGUGGCCAUCUCAUGGAUCAAGACCCCCUUCCUGAGCGGGAGUGUGUGAUGUCCUGUGUCGACCCUAAGAGCAAGGGGGAGAACAAGUUUAGAUACAUUGUUGUCACACAGGACGAGUUUCUGAGGGGCAGGCUACGCUCAGUGGUGCCAACACCGCUGAUGUAUGUGCAUCGGAGUGUCAUGAUCCUCGAACCUAUGUCUGCAGCUACGCAGCAAGCAAGGGAUCAGCAAGAACGCGCCAAGUUAUUGGGAGGCAUCAUCAGAGGAAACAACAAAAGAAAGAGGGAGGAUGACUCCGAUGACGAGGGCUCAAAAGGUGAAGAGAGUGGUAACGAAGGCGAUAGGGCCAGUGCGAAUGGGGAGGAAGAGAAGCGGAAAAAGAAGAAGAAGAAACGGUAUGGCCCGAAGGGACCGAACCCAUUGGCAGUCAAAAAGCCCAAGAAGAAACAGCCGCCACCGCCAAAGAAGAAGGAUGAGCCCCCGCCGUCGCAGGCAUCAGGGGAGAAGAAGUCCAAGCGGAAGAGGCGCAAGAAGCAGAAAUCAGAAGGGGGCGGGAGUUCGGAGGGCGGUCAUGGCCAGCUGCAAGGGGAAACAGUGCAUGCAUCGGGUGACGGUGCUCAAGAUUGA